AUGGUUGGCAUGGGUCAGAAGGACUCUUAUGUCGGUGAUGAGGCUCAAUCUAAGCGUGGUAUUCUAACGCUCAAGUACCCCAUUGAGCACGGUAUCGUCACAAACUGGGAUGAUAUGGAAAAGAUCUGGCAUCAUACAUUUUAUAACGAGCUUCGCGUUGCUCCCGAAGAACAUCCCGUUUUGCUUACUGAGGCUCCACUUAACCCCAAGGCCAAUCGUGAGAAAAUGACUCAGAUUAUGUUCGAGACCUUCAACUCUCCUGCUUUCUAUGUCGCUAUUCAGGCUGUACUUUCUCUGUAUGCAUCUGGACGUACCACUGGUAUUGUCCUUGACUCUGGAGAUGGUGUUACUCACACUGUUCCCAUUUACGAGGGUUACGCUCUUCCCCAUGCCAUUCUUCGUCUCGAUCUUGCUGGUCGUGAUCUUACUGAUCACCUCAUGAAGAUUCUCACUGAGCGUGGUUACGCCUUCACUACCACUGCUGAGCGUGAAAUUGUUCGUGACAUCAAGGAAAAGCUCUGCUAUGUUGCUCUUGACUUUGAACAGGAGAUGCAGACUGCUGCCCAAUCUUCAGCUCUUGAGAAGAGUUACGAGCUUCCCGAUGGUCAGGUUAUUACCAUCGGUAAUGAGCGUUUCCGUGCUCCCGAGGCUUUGUUCCAGCCCUCAUUCCUUGGUCUUGAAUCUGCUGGUAUUCACGAAACCACAUACAACUCCAUUAUGAAAUGUGACGUUGAUAUUCGUAAGGAUUUAUAUGGAAACAUUGUUCUUUCUGGAGGCACCACCAUGUACCCCGGUAUUGCCGACAGAAUGCAGCGUGAGAUCACUGCUCUUGCUCCAUCCAGCAUGAAGAUUAAGAUUGUUGCUCCUCCAGAGCGCAAAUACUCUGUCUGGAUUGGUGGCUCCAUUCUUGCCUCGCUUUCUACUUUCCAACAGAUGUGGAUUUCGAAACAGGAGUAUGACGAGUCUGGCCCUUCGAUUGUUCAUCGCAAGUGCUUUUAA